AUGGCCCCGGCUGAUGGCAAGCGGGCCACCCAGUUCCUGGCGGAUGCGGUUCCUCUGCUUGAACAACCUCCCCCAGAUCCUGCAGCUGCAGUGCCCCCAUUACCUGUCCCUAGACCUAAGCCUAAUGGGACUAUAUCAUCCAGCGCGCGUCUGACCAAAAGGCCUGCUGCUCCCUCGCCUGCAGGCCCAAGCCAUAAGAUCAUUCGAGGCCCACCACGAAGUUUGGCUCUUCCGGAGGCCACGGGGUUGGGAAACAGUGUGGAUUCUGAUCUAGUUAUACGGGAGGAGCCUCCCUGGGACACUUUCAAAAAGUAUUAUGAAUGUGACUUGGCUGGCACUGUUGCUGUAUGUGUGCGAUGUUCUGGUCGCCGUGCAGUCUGGGCGAUUCGUCAGUAUCCCCACAAGGAUACUGACAAAAUCCUGACUAUCCUCCGGUCCACGCGCCAUAAGAACGUGGACUCUGUUUGGGAAUGCUUCCGCACCUCUGAUGCUCUGUAUACUCUCGGCAAAUUCUAUCCACUCACGCUAGAUCAUGUCGUUGCCUGCAAGGCCUUUCCAGACCAGCCGCAGCUGGCUGCGAUUAUAUCUCAGGUCAUUCAAGUUCACGCUGAUAUAUCUGAUUGCUAA